AUGGAAGAGGAGCUCACAGAUCAGCGUGAGGGUGAUGAUGACCGAGACAGUGUUUCAGGAGGACCUGAAAUAGCAGCUUCACGCCUGACGGAGCCAUUGGGCAGGGGAGCAGCCCGAGCCUUCCCCGGGCACACAGGGAAUUUUAGACUUGUCGGAUCUGUUUCAAAAUGUUACGGCCCUCUCCGCCGCCUGCCUCUCUGCCAGCAAGGCCUCGGUGGAACAACAUUGCGAAUGCAGGGUUCACCCUUAAAAAUCCCCCGCCCGAGGCUGGCCCUGUGCCGCCGUGCCCUGGCAGUGGGCUGGAGUCCUGGGCAGCGGAUGGCAGCCAGGAGGGGAGUCCCGGGAGGCGGGGACACCGGCCGGAUACGGCUUCUGACUCCCUGCCUUGGACGUGGAGCCAAGGAGACGGGUGAGACGGAGCCCCGUAGUCCCGGCGGGAGCAGAGGCUCGGCCUCAGGUCCUCGACGCUCCCCGCACCUGCCGGGGACCUGCCGGGGAGCCCGACCGGAGCAGGGCAGAGGCUUGGGCCGAGCAGAGCCCUCCGGGAAGGGGCAGGCAGGGGAGAGGGAGGACGCGGGGAUCCCCAAGGAGGCGGCGGCAGCCGAAAGCGGUGCCCCGCACCCGCCCCGGGUGGGACUGGGUUCUCUUGGCAGUCGCUCAGAGCGGCCUCGGGCGGCUCCUCGGACUCGCCGCGCGAUUGUCGACGGCAGCGCCUUCCCGGAUGGAAGCGCGGAGCUCCGGCAGCUUGGCACGCUCGGGGUGGUGCACAACCGAAGAAAGAUUACACAGUUUAAAAAGAGAAAUUUAAACCCAGAUGAUAAUAGUAACGAGCCAAGGAGACGCAGGAUCAGCGAGAGCCGCAGGAAGACGGGCUUGGCGUCCCCGGCCCCGCCGGCCGUGAGCGCCUUCCGACACCCGCUCGCUUCCAUUUGGCACAGCCGCUCGGGACACCGCCCGGGCCGGGCCGCGAGGCGACGGGCAGAUGACGGCACGGUUCGGUACGGCCGGGAGAGGUACGGCCGGGUACGGGCAGGUACGGCCCUGUAUGGAGCGGAGCAGAACGCGCCCCACACCCCCCAAAGCCCCCGUACACCACCGCCGCGCGCAGCGCAGCGCAGCGCAGCGCAGCCCGGCCCCGCCCCGCUCCGCUCCAGCGCGCCCCGCGGCAGCGAGGCGCUGAUUGGCUGCUGCACCCGCGCGGGGCCUGCUGGGAGCAGCGCCCGGGCCGCGCGCUCCUCCUGCGGCGGCGUUGGCGGCGGGCGGGAUGCGCGGCCCGGCCCGCGGCAGGUACGUGAUGGCGGGGGAUGCGCGGCCCGGCCCGGCCCCGCCCCGAGCGCCUCCCCGGUGGGAGACGGGCGCGGGGCGGCGGGAGAGGGGCGCCCGGCGCUCCCGAUAACAGCGCUCAGGUACCGGCCCCGGGGCACUAAGCGGGGCGGCAAGUGCUCCUUCCCCAUUUCCCUCCUCGUCGCGGGGCAGCGGGGCGGGGUGGGCCGUGGUGCUGCCUUGGAGGAGGAAGCCUCCGGCUGCGGGAGGGGCGGCGGGCGCCGUGCCCGGAAGCGGGGGAGCGGCGGCGCCGUGCGGCUGUCCCGGCUGGCGGCCCGGGGAGCCGGGGGCUCCGCUGACCUCUGCCAACGCCCUGCCGGGCCCCGGCGCUGGCGGCCCCUCGCGCUGGCUGCGAGGGGUUGGGUUUCAAAAAAGAGCGCCUGA